AUGUCAAUGAAAAAGUAAUUCACUGGUGGUAAAACAUCGAGAUCAAAUAGCAAACAAUCGACAAGCAAUCCAAUUUCAGUUAGAAAACGAUUUUCCUCCUUAUGUUCACCGUAAUUUAUGUGAUUUAAUUGGUGAAUAGGCCCAACAACUAGAACUAAACUCCUUGUGUGUUUUGUUAAAAGUUUAAAAACUGCAAAGAAGAAUCCUAUGCUCCACUUUUAAACAAAGCAUUAUUCGCUAAAUAUUCGUCAUCUUAAAACUAUUAUUAUUCAAAGGACAUCAACGAUAUAAUAGAAGAAGAGUCAACUCCUGCAGUUGUAUUUUAUAGAGAUUUAGAAAGUAUGAUAGAAGAAGAAGAGUAUUUGAAAAGGUAAGAAUGAUAUUAUAAGUUUAGAUCAUAUGUAAAAAAAGAGGCAAUAUAAAAAGUCAAGGCAUUAUAAGAAUACUAUAAGUAUCAUAAAGACAUUCCUCGUUUAUUUAUGCAAAAUGUUUACUUGACCAUAAAUAAGUUCCAUGAAAAAAAGAGGAGAUUAGAAUAUGCAAAUAUUAAAAGGAAGUUGAACAUUCCAGAUGAGGAUGUAGUAAUUCAAUCACUAAAUCUAGUAACCAUCCAAAAAGAAAGAGAAGAAGAAAUAAAAGCAUAGUGAUGAAGAUCUAACAAUAGGAUAAUUAAAAUAUCUAUUGAAAGAUUUAAAAUUAGAUACUAAUUCAUAUCUUUAAAAAAAAGUAGAUAUUUCUAGUAGUGUCUAAUUAAGAGAUUUCAUUUAGUAAGUAGGAUAAAAAUAUGAUUGUCUCGGAUAAAUAUCAGGAUUAUUAUCUAUUGAUUAAAGCAAUAGUUUUCUCUUAAGAUCUUAGGAUCUCUCAACAAUCACUAAAAAUCUAAAAUCUAACUAUAUGACUAAUCUUAAACCUAAAGUUAAUAAAAGUUCUUAAUUACAGAAUUUUGAUUCAAAAACUACAAAUCAAGUCAGUUAUUAAGGUAGUUUUGAUAAAAUCAAUAUUAAUCGUUUGCAAUUCAAUCAAGGUGAGGUUUCUUCUUUGAAAGCUGAAAAUUCUUUAAAGGCUGAGAAUUCUAUAAAGGCUGGGGAAUAAACUAAAAGAUCUAAUUAAGAAUAAUCUCCUUUAAGAAAUUCAUAAUAAUCAUAAUUAAUGUAAAAAGUCUACUCACAAAUUGAAGGAUUUGCUAAUUUUGUUUAAUAAUAGUAAACUAUGUAGAAACAAUAAAAAGUUAAUAACUGUUAAAACUCUAAUUCUCAAAGAAAAGUGAGUGCUAAUUUCAAUACAACAGAAUGUUAAUUCAGAUUACCAAGUAGAUAAAAUUCAAAAUAAAAGUAAUCAGCUGAUUUGUUAUCUUAUUAAGUGAAUUUCUUGUAAUUAUUAUUGAUAAUCCAUUAAUAGAAGAACCAGAGUUGCCUCUUAACUUUAAAAAUAUGAAGAUGAUAAUAAAAGUAUAUUUAAAAUUUAUAAUUAAUAGGUAAACAACCUUUGGCUACAGACAGAGUCUAGAGAUAGAGCGUAUAUAAUACUGGAGAAUAGACCUUAUAGAAAACAACAUCUAAAAAUAUGUAUCAUUUAAUAUAUCUCUUAAUAUAGAUAAAAAUUACCAUAAAAGUUUACUUAAUAUGCCUUAUCUACAUUAAAAGGAUUGUAAGUCAAAAAUUCUGAUUAAAAAAAGAAAUCCACUUUGAUUUCUAAUAAUAAUUUGUAGGCUCCUAUUCUUAAUGCCUAAUUAAUGCACUAUAGAACAAAAUCUCAAGAUGCUGUUGGAAACUAUAAGGGGUCUCCUCCAAAAUAACCAUAAAAACAUGAUAAUUCAAAGGAUCCAUUAAGAAUAACCAAUAAUAUUUGUGUAUAAGGUUCAACAAAAAAGGGAGGUGGUGUAUACAAUAUCAACUAAAACAAUAUAGUUAAUAUUUAUAUUGAGGAUCUGAAAUCAUCAACAAAGUUAAAAUAGGGAGGUUCAUAAACUGCUCGAAUCAAUAGUCCAUUAAAAAAUAAUCCUAAAGGGAUCUUCGAAGUCUAUCAUACACAAAGAUCCAAUUUGAGUCCUGUAAGUAAAAAAAUGGCUUGA